UUCCUAAAAAUAGUUCAGGAAUUCUCUCUCUCUCUCUCUCUCUCUCUCUCUCUCUCUCUCUCUCUUGUGGAGGGCGUUCUGCAGUUUCCUUGUCUGAAUCAUCUUUCGAGUCUCUUCUGCGUGUGGUGAGGAAGUGGAUAGAAGGCUAGAAGCAGCCAAGCAGGUCUCCAUUCUCUCUCAAACAAAAAAAGGGAAGGAGAACAAGAAGCAGGUCUCCGUUGGAGGACAGUUCUGCUCAUCUUUGGAGAAAGAAGAAACGGGAAGCAUGCUCUUACCGCAUCAUCAAAUCUCUCCAAACCCUCUGCGCAACACCGCCUUUGCAGCACCCUUUGCGCUUCAGAAAGAUGGGUUGCUCUUCCCUAUUGCUCCGCGGCAAGGUUUUCAGCGCCCACCAUGCGCGACCGUCAGCGUCAUCAGAUCAGAGGCCAACGGGGCUGCGCUGCCGGACGCGGUCAGAAAGCAUAGCAAGGAGGAGCUUAUUGCUUUCUUCAGAGACAUUCAGACCUCCAUUGCCGAGAGCUCGCCUAAAGCGUCCAGGACCAGGAGGGCGAGGGAGCCGUUGCCUGACCUGUUCGAAGAGGUUGACAAGAGGAAGCAAUCUUAUGGCAUGGAUGGAGAUGGUGGCGCCGAUGAUUUUUCAGAGGAACAACGAAGGAUGAUAAAUCUGGAGGAGAUGAAGAUGGCUGACCUGAGGGAACUGGCCAGAGCGAGAAGGAUGAGGGGUUACUCCAAGUUAAAAAAGGGUGAGCUGAUUGAUCGUUUGAAAGGGGUUGUCAUGUAAUAAGAUUGUCCAUGAUCAAGAGCAAGCAGAUAUUAGGGACCUACUGGAACUGUGCAAGACUAGAUUGACUCUGACGAGAGUACACAAGUUCUUAUUGUCGCUUCAAAUGUAUGAUGAGAUUUUACCAGAUUAAAGAAAUAUAUGGCAUGAUUCGCUGUAUUUUUUAUAGAAAUAA